AUGACCCGACCUGACGCCCGACCAAUCCCCACCAUCGACCUCUCCGACCUCCGCUCUACCAUCAUCGACCAAGUUAGCGGCACGUGCUGCAACUUCGGUUUCUUCCAGAUCACCAACCACAGCAUACCGUUGGUGGUUCUCGAUAGUACGAUCGCUGCUGUUAAGGCCUCCCACGAGCAGCCGACGACAGUCAAGGCGCGGUUCUACAGUAGAGAGAUGGGCCAGGGCGUAUCGUAUCUCUCCAACGUCGACCUGUACACCUCCAGAGACGCCAACUGGCACGACACGCUUCAGGUAAGGCUCGGCCCUACUCCGGCGGCCGUUGACGAAGUUCCGGAGAUUUGUAGAGAUGAAAUUGUGGCGUGGAACAAGGAGAUCCAACCCACAUUAUUGGAGGAUAAUAAUAUGAUUAUUGGGGUAAUGGGUAAAACCCAAAUUGGCGUUUCUUUUUGA